GACAGCACGUAUUUGCACGUACGGCGGGAUGUGCCCUUAGCUUUACGUACAUAUUUUUUCUAUUUUCCCAGUACGUUCGUGUCAUAUUCACAGUCUCCGGAGGGAAAAAAUCUCAUUUUCAAAAUCGGGAAUGUCAUCCACAAAAUCUAAUUGACGUGGCCCUAUAUUUCAUUUUUUUUGUCUAACAACACUUUCUGUUAACGUUAUGGCCAGAUGGCUAUGUCGAGACAUUAUCCGCUACGAACGUCAGAAUCAGUAAACGCUACGUACAUUCAUUUUCAGGAAAUUCAAAUCGGUCCUUUUAUUUGUAUUCUUAGUGUCAGCCAGAGGUUGUGUAUAAGUUUCAUUGACGUCGACAAUGCGUGUUCAAUAAACUAUCCAAUGUUAUUUCACAUGUGUAGAAAGCUGAACAUCUAGUAGUCAGCUUUUUCAGACUGCAGCGCUUACAACUUUUUCUGCAGCUGUAACAAGACAGCCACCAUUGUGAUACACGACAAAGGAGGGUAUAGAAGGUCACGAAAAUUGGCGGGUAUUUCUCUCAUGCACACGGCACCAUUUGCACACGGUCUCAUGAUAAUAAAAUAUGGUAUUUCAAACGGAUAAAAGGGACACUUUAGGGGAGUCCCUCUACUUUAGUCUGCCCUGCUGAAAAUUGUGAGACAACAUGAAGGGGACGUCAAGCAUCAUUCCUUUCCUUGCCGCUUGUCUUCUGAGCGUCGAGGCUGUACCGCUAGGCUUCCUCGCUAGCCCCGUCAACGAGACACAAGUACUAGAGAGGUCCGGCGGCGCUGAAGCUCGAGACUCCCGCCCAAGAGCUGUAGACCUCAUCGAGGCGGCCGACGCUUCCGAUCCAGACGUCUACCAACUCCGGCACACUCUGAACAUGGACGACGCUCGGUACGACAUCUUCACGAAGGUUAGAAAAGACGGCAGUCUGGAGCAUCAGGCCGCCAAAGUGCCGCGGAGCAGCUUCGAGAGCAGGCAACCCCUUGGAGACUCAUCUGCGGCGGAUCCGUUGGCGGAGGCGAGCGAACAACUGCUCAAGAAGGAGCUCGGCGAUGGCAUCCAGCACGUAGACGAAGAGGCCAGUCAUCUGAACGACACCGGCCGGGGACCCUUGUAUAACUGCGCUUACAAGGUCUGGAACGACACCACAGCUUCGGAGAACGACAAGAUGACCUACAGAGUUCUGCCAUGUGGCGGUUCAAAGAUUUACCACCCGGCCUCUGAUGACAAUGACGGUUACAUGACCUGCGAGUUCGCGAUGGAUCCAACCCUACGGCAAGCAGAGCUACAGAAAGCCGAGCUCUACCUCCCCUGGCUAACUUCCAACAAAACACCUUCCAACGCGCAGAUAAUUCUGAGCAGCCACGACGACUGGACAGCCCACAGCGAAGACUUUGACGUCCCCAAGUUCUCCAGCAACCCUACAGGUGAAGCUAACAGCAACGAAGCCUUCAACGACGAAGACAAUCAACCCAUCCACAAGGAUGUCGAGGAACGUGCCCCGCAAAAAGAGCAACCUACCUGUUUCACUAGAGUAAAAACAGCCAACGACGAUGCCCAGCAAAGCUUCGCAUCUGCAGAUGACACCUCAACGUACAAGGUCGAGAUGUACCGACCACAUCGCAAGGUUCCCUUCCAGUUUGACGCUCGGGCAACAAAUGGUCACUGCGGGCAGGCCCUGGACAUCCUGAAGAUGGUUCAACGGUGGCAGAGGCGUGCGUUCGACCCAGCGAGCAUGAAACUCCGCCUACCAACCGAAUGCGGACAGACCGAGAACUGUAUCGAUGGACAAUGCUUAAAUCCUCCUCCUGUGUAUCUUUUGAUCGCGUAUGCAGGAAAGGUUGGCGAUGAAAAGCCAGCGACCAUGUCGCCAGAAGUAAUGAAGGGAUUCCUUGACAUCAUUUUAAGUCAAAAUGUGUUAGGGUGACCAGUUAGCUAUAUGGAGCCACGACAAAGAUUCAAAUCUGCUGUACCUUGGUGACGCUAGUUCACCUCUUUCCGCGGGGACCUAUAUCCGUUGUAUGGUAUCAGGGUAUUAAAGGACGACGUCGACGGAUGGUGGUUUCAAAUUAAAAUGCUUUGAAAAUAUUACAGUUUGAACCCUCCGUCUGUCGAUUUGAUAUCGCUGCAAACCUUGUUUUAGUAACAACGGAUAUAAGUUACCCCGCGGAUAAAGGUGAACUAGCGUUAACUACAUGAUGGAAUGACAAAACCCUACAAAUAUAUAUAUAGAAGUAGUUAAGUGCACAUCCCUUCUUCACAGCGAUAAUAUAUAAUGUACUGUAUAGGAAAAGCUAGUAAUUGUUAAAGCAAGCGCACAAGUAUCCAGGUAAAUGGAACAUACAGAUAUAGUCAAUUAUUAUGCAAAUGCAUAUUCUAGACCGCCAACAUCUAAUACAUGUUGUAUGUAUGUUGUUCCCUAACGUUUUUUUUCUAUACUAUUGACACGUGGACUCCUGUCCAUUUAAUAGAUUUAGUACUUUUCUCAUCCCUUUUCUUUCUUAUUGUAUUGACUCGUGGACUGAAAUGUCUACUAGAUGAAACAGUGCUUGUACAUAAGCGUAUACUGCCACCACAAAGAAAGCUGUAAGAAUUUGUCUAUGACUCAAAGAGGGACAAGUCCAUGUACAAUUGUAAUAACUUCCGACGGGCAGAGUGCAUUACGAAUACUCUGAUGAUUUUGUUGCUCAAGUUGUGUCACAAAUGCAAUUUUGCUGCUUGAAUUGUUCUCAAGUCGAAGAAUACAUAAUAUCUAAGAUGCAUCGAACUCUUGAAGUCUUCUUGCCUUUUUUUGUAAGUGUCUGAAGUUAGCAUACAUAGUCACCAAAACUGUGAAUGAAAAUGGUACUAAUUAGCUUUUUUUCGCGGGAAGAUAGCAUUAAUUGAACUUUCCUUUAAAUUUAUUUUAGCCAUGCGACAGAAUGAAACAAACAUUCCUUUAAAACCAGAAGAACGUAAGGAGUAACUUUGCAUUUUACUUU